AUGACAUGUGCUCAUUGUAUUGUGGAUAUUGUUCCAAAUCUUUAAAACUAACUAGGUGAAAUUAGCCAACCUAAAUCAUGCAAAUUCUUUUUAGGAGGAACAGAAAAUGAUCUUGGUAAAAAUGAAUUAUUAAUUUCAAAGAUCCACAUCUUCAAAGAAUUUGCACAACAUCCUAAGACAUAAGAUGGCUAUGAUUUUGCUAUAGCUACUAUUGAAAAGAAUAGUUAUAUUGGUAACAAAAUCAUUCCAAAGAGUCUUAAUAGUUGGUGGGGUUGCUUUGAGGAUCUUGACAUAGAAGUAAAUGAUCAGAUUUGUAUAUUAGGUUUCCCAAAUAAUAAGGAUUUAGACAAUAUAGUACUUUGUGGGGUAGAAAGUGUAAUUGCUGGAAUUACCAAUUCAUUUCAGCAGGAUUAAAGAAAGUUAAUAAUGUUUAAUGGCUCUAUUGAUCAGGGUAUGAGCGGAGGGCCAAUUUAUUUGAUUAAAAAUAAAAGGUACAUACAUAUGGGAAUUGUACUGGAUGGCGGAAAAGUUAAUGCCUAAAAUAUGUAGUAUGGCAUGGCUUUGACACAGGAUAUUAUAGCAUGGAUUGAACAUCAUUUAAAUAAUGGUAUAGUACCUUGA